CCUGGCGGGGCCGCUGGGCCGAGGGGGCCGCCGGCGGGGCUGGCGGGCGGGGGGCUUCCUGCGGGUCCGGGGGGCGCCGGCGGCCGGCGCGGGCGCGGCGGGCCGGGCAGGGGCGAGGGGCACCGGAUCGUGCCCCAGAAGCGGCUGGCACUUCCACGCCUGGGAUGCGGCGCUCCGUCCUCGUAAGGAACCCCGGCCACAAAGGCCUGAGGGUGGUUUAUGAAGAGCUUGACUCUGACUCAGAGGACCUGGACCCCAAUCCGGAAGAUCUGGACCCAGUGUCUGAAGACCCAGGGCCUGACCCGGAAGACCUCAACACUGUCUCCGAAGACGCGGACCCCAGCUAUGAAGAUCUGGAGCCGGUCUCCGAGGAUGCGGACCCCGAUGCCGACGCUCCGGGCUCUAUCUUGGGCAACCGCGAUUCUGAACCCCAAGAUCCUGACCCCAUGUCUUCGAGUUUUGACCUCGAUCCUGAUGUUAUCGGCCCCGUACCCCUGGUUCUCGACCCUAACAGCGACACUCUCAGCCCCGCUGCUCCAGAUGUGGACCCCCUUGCGUCCGGCCUCACUGCCACCCCCCAGGUCUUGGCCACCAGCCCCGCGGUGCUGUCCGCCCCUGCCAGCCCGCCCCGGCCCUUCUCCUGCCCCGAUUGCGGGCGAGCCUUCCGCCGCAGCUCGGGGCUGAGCCAGCACCGCCGCACCCACAGCGGCGAGAAGCCGUACCGCUGCCCCGACUGCGGCAAGUCGUUCAGCCACGGUGCCACCCUGGCGCAGCACCGCGGCAUCCACACCGGGGCCAGGCCGUACCAGUGCGCAGCGUGCGGCAAGGCCUUCGGGUGGCGCUCCACGUUGCUGAAGCACCGCUCCAGCCACAGCGGGGAGAAGCCGCACCACUGCCCGGUGUGCGGCAAGGCCUUCGGGCACGGCUCGCUGCUGGCGCAGCACCUGCGCACGCACGGUGGCCCGCGGCCCCACAAGUGCCCGGUGUGCGCCAAGGGCUUCGGCCAGGGCUCGGCGCUGCUCAAGCACCUGCGCACGCACACGGGCGAGCGGCCCUACCCCUGCCCGCAGUGCGGCAAGGCCUUCGGGCAGAGCUCAGCGCUGCUGCAGCACCAGCGCACGCACACGGCCGAGCGCCCCUACCGCUGUCCCCACUGCGGCAAGGCCUUCGGGCAGAGCUCCAACCUGCAGCACCACCUGCGCAUCCACACGGGCGAGCGGCCCUACGCCUGCCCGCACUGCUCCAAGGCCUUCGGGCAGAGCUCGGCGCUGCUGCAGCACCUGCACGUGCAUUCGGGCGAGCGGCCCUACCGCUGCCAGCUCUGCGGCAAGGCCUUCGGCCAAGCCUCCAGCCUCACCAAGCACAAGCGGGUGCACGAGGGCGCGGCUGCCGCCGCUGCUGCUGCUGCUGCUGCCGCUGCCGCCGCCGCUGCUGCAGCCGCCGCUGGCCUAGGCCUCGGCCCUGACCUGACCCCUGCAUCCGGGAUGAGGCCGGGGCAGGUCUCCCUCCUGGGUCCCGAGGCUGUCUCCAUGCUGGGCUCGGGUCUGGGCCUCAGCCCUGGCACCAGCUCUGGAAGCGGCCCUGACCCUGGCUCUGUGCUGGGCACUGUCCCCAAUCCCGGCCCCAAGCCCCUCUCUAGCUCCAGAUCCACCCCCAGCCCUAAUCCUGUGGAAUCGCCUGACCCUAAGCCUGGGCACGAUGCUGAUCCUGACCUCGUGGCCAGCUCUGAUCAUGAAUCUGACCCCAGUCCUAGCCCUGAUCCUGUGCCCAGCCCUGACCCCUGCUCUCCCACCCAUGACGCUAUCAGCCCGGCCCUCCCUACUGGCGAGAGUCCCCAGUGGGUACAGGAGCAAGGGGCACUGCUCGGGCCUGAUGGCUGAAGGGGGCGCUGGCAUCCAAGGGGGCCUGCGGAAGUUGUGUGUUGUGCAGUUAGUAAAAUCCUCCCACUGCUUCCCG